AUGGAGGACAUCAACCUUGGCAUUAUCGCUGCGGGGCUCGCCGGGCUGGCCACCGUUCUCUAUUACUUUUUCUAUAACAAAGUCACUCCUUCCGAGGCAACUGGAAAAGACGCGACUUCAAAAUCGCAAUCCAAUGAAUCCAAAUCGACCAGUACCACACUGAAAAAUGUGUGGGACGUUUCGAAAAACUCCAAGACAUCGCACACCAAACAACAUCACGACGACAAACCAUUUGGAAGCAAGUAUUAUUACGCACACAACAAUCCAAAUGCUACUGGUGGUUACAAAGAUGGACUCAAAAUGGAAGACUACGUGAUGAAUGGACCACGAUUGCUUUCCAAGGGUGGAAAGACAGUGGAAUCAUCGGGAAGCAGCAAUCUUGAAGACGACAGUGGGGAAGAAGCUGAACCAACAGAAACUGAGAUAGAAGUGAAACCGGAAAUAUCAACCUCGUUAAGACCAACACGAACCAUUACCAAGUACCUAUGGGACGAUCCGGGCAAUUCCAAUGGUAUAGCCACUAUUCGAAUAGACACUUUGCCCGACAAGCAUGGAAAGUCAGUGGAUUGGAAGGAUGUGACCGUCACCAAUAUUACAGCCGAGUUGGCAGGCGAGGGAAUGCUACUAAAAGUGGAGUCUAAGGAGUGUGAUUACCAACUAAAGAUUCCGAAACUAUAUGGGGAUGCUUCCGAAGUCAAAGCGGUAUCAAAGGCCAAGCGAUUAUUGGUCAAGAUUACCAAAAAGAAGAACGCUGUGUUGGUCAAGAGGAAAGAAUCCAAUAUGGAUGCGUGGCCACAACCACACCGAAAGAUAUAA